AAUCCCUGCGUUGCUAUCUCUAUCUCCCUCCCCAACCGGGUGCUUUCGCUAGGCCGCCUCCUCGCUUCUCUCUCCCCUUUAGGUGGCCCGGAGAGCGUCCCGUUUCUUUCAUUGGGAAGAAAUAAGAAUGAGGAUUGUUUUUAUUUAUUCUCUAUUGAAAGCAUUGGCCGCCCAACUUCAGUGAACUCCUGGGCAGUGCACAAUACUAAAGGGGGGGGGGGAGAGAGAGAGAGGAAACAAUAAUAAUAACAAUAAUAACGUCCCAGUUUUUAGCUGUAAAUUUUGUCCUCCGCUUAAGGCACAGCCAGGUCGUUUCAUUUCCCCAAUCUGGGCCUUCCAGGGGUGUUGCAAAAACGUCUUCCAGAAACUUCCAGGUUACUUUCUCAGGGAUGACUCAGUUAGGUGCCAUUGCAGCUUUGGCUGCUAGCCUAGUGGCAGCUUCUCUUUUUUCUGCAAUACACAAGAUUGAAGAAGGGCACAUUGGUGUUUACUACAGAGGAGGAGCACUUCUGACAUCUACAAGUGGACCUGGUUUCCAUCUAAUGCUCCCCUUCAUAACUUCCUAUAAAUCAGUACAGACCACCUUACAAACAGAUGAAGUAAAGAAUGUUCCAUGUGGCACAAGCGGAGGAGUGAUGAUCUAUUUUGACAGAAUUGAGGUUGUGAACUUCCUGAUCCAAAGUGCAGUCUAUGAUAUAGUAAAGAACUAUACUGCAGAUUAUGAUAAGGCUCUUAUCUUCAACAAAAUCCACCAUGAGUUGAACCAGUUUUGCAGCGUUCACACACUUCAGGAAGUUUAUAUUGAAUUGUUUGAUCAGAUUGAUGAAAACCUAAAACUGGCUCUCCAACAAGAUCUGACAACCAUGGCUCCAGGACUCAUCAUACAGGCUGUCCGAGUUACAAAGCCAAACAUCCCAGAAACAAUUCGGAGAAAUUAUGAGCUCAUGGAGAGUGAAAAGACAAAACUGUUGAUUGCGGCUCAGAAGCAGAAAGUUGUGGAGAAAGAGGCUGAAACAGAACGCAAAAAGGCCCUCAUUGAAGCAGAAAAAAUUGCCCAGGUGGCUGAAAUAACAUACGGACAGAAGGUGAUGGAAAAAGAAACAGAGAAGAGAAUAUCUGAGAUUGAAGAUGCUGCAUUCCUUGCCAGAGAAAAAGCGAAAGCGGAUGCUGAAUGUUACACUGCCAUGAAGAUGGCAGAAGCCAACAAGCUAAAACUGACCCCAGAAUACUUGCAGUUAAUGAAAUACAAAGCGAUUGCCUCCAACAGCAAAAUCUACUUUGGCAAAGAUAUACCCAACAUGUUUAUGGAUCACGCUGGGACUCCCACUAAGUUUUCUGAAGGACAGGCAGAGGAGCUAAAAGAUGAAAGUUGGCUGGAAACAGGGGAAGAUUUGUGAAGUCAUGAACAGUCAGAAGGACAGCACUACCCCUGUCUGAAUCCAUCUGAACUGGCAUUUGGCUAUUUGAUGUGCGGUCUCUACCUUCCAGAAUGUGAAGAAGCACUGAGCCCAUUAGGCCAGAAAGAAAAAACACCCUCUCUGUUCUGAAAAGACAGCCUGAAGAAGCACUGAAACUCAGGCUUCUGACUUCAUCUUUCUUAGCAGUCAAGAUACGCUGCCUUAUUGAUCUUCGUGCCGAUGGAGGGAGCAACAGUGAAUCAUGCUAAAGGAAGAGGCAGAGUGCCCAUGAUUGACUCUGCCUCCACUUUAAUGAAAUGAAGCAUGCUCAAUUUUAUUUUUGGAGCAAGAGAAACCUUUUUCUGUAAGAAACCCAACUAUAGUUGUACAUAUGCUACAGGUCAAGCCCACCACGUAUGAUUAUUAUUAUUUUUUCUGAGAAUUGAAAAAAGGACUCGCUUAGUCUUAAUAUAGCCCAACCUUAUUCCUUCUAGAUAUCUUGGGACUGCCAACUCCCCAGAAUGUAAGUUGUUGGGGUGACCAGGAAGUCCAUGAGUUACAGUCCCAACUCUUCUUCAGGGAAUAAGGUUCAGUAGACUAAUUUUUUUUUUGGGGGGGGGAUAAUAUGUGGAUGAGCAGAUCAUCUCUGCAUGCUGAAUUAUUUGCAUUCAUGAGCAUCGUCUCCAGUAAUUGGAUUUUACCAGUCAUCAGUUACAGCCAUUUCGUUCAAAAAUAAAGGUGCUAAUUUUGAAUUUUUUAAACAAGAAGUACUCACACUACAGAUUAAAAGCCUUGGAAUGGAAACUUGGCGCAUUAAACAUUAACUAAAGAUAUGUCAGUUGGUGCUUAUUUCAAGAUCUGCAGAGCACAUCUAGAUCCAAUGUCCACCUUCCUACCCUGUAGAAAUUGGUUGGGACAGUCAUGGGACAAAUGUCAGGUGAGAUGGUUCUUUUGCCCUUACAUUAAAUGCAGCUUUUCCUGGAGAAGUGCUUGCCCUGUCUGGAAGUUCUUCUAUAAUAAUAUGCAGUUCAUAUGCAGGGAAUCAGUAAAGAAGCAUAACUUGAUUUUGGUUUCCAGAUUGUGGUCUGGAAUGGACCUGCGUAACUACUGAUUCCAUAAUCUUAACACAAUCUGCUAGCCAGGUCAUUGUUCACUAGGCAAUUGGCAGCCUGUUUGCAGAACCCAGAUCUGACUCAUCAAGACUCAUCACACAGGGCUGCAUUCUGGUUUGACUAGUCUCCAAUGGUUCAACAUCGAGGUCUCUCCUGUUCCACUGCUUUAUGGAUAAAAUACACACAUCCAGCAUUUCUAUAUUCCAGAAGGCUGCCCUUUGAAGUGAUCCACAAGUAUGUGAAAUAGUUUGGGAACUGAUUCUUAACGCUGUUUUUUUCUAAGGACAGCCCUGCAAGCAGGAAUCGGAAACACCAAGCUGCACCCGAAUCCCUCCUUCAGCAAACCAGUGAUGUCUCAAAUGGUGCCCUCAGUGACUGUAAAUCCCAAACUGCUUAUUCCAUUAGGUGUGUAUCUUCCAUUAAAAGGGGAGGGGGGGGUUGCAUGUGGUCCUAGAAAUGGCUUGCUCCAAAAAUCAGAUUGAGAGAACUUUCUGUUCCCCCGAAAGAGAAGGAUUUUUUUUUCAUUCUUCUUGUUGACCUGUGCUAUUUAUUUUACAUAGGCUAGUGUUUCUCAGCUUAAACAACUUUUAAGAAGUGUGGACUUCAACUCUUUGAAUUCCUAGCCAGCCAUGAUGGCUGAUUGGGGAAUUCUGGGAGUUGAAGUCCACAUGUCUUAAAGUUGUAAAGGUUGAGACAUAGUGAUGUAGACUAAUAGGGCAUUCUGCCAAAAUUUUCUGUUCUAACCCCAAGAUUCUGGUACUAGGGAUAAGAACCCUUUUAGGGCUGAAAUCCCAUUUGUUUGUCUGCAGUCUGUAACAAACACUCUGUAACAAAGGCCUUUUUUCCUCCUUGUAGUAGGGGAACCAUUUUUUAAAAAUCACUAAUCAACAUUUGCUGAUUGAAUAGCUGGUGUAUCAGUAGCAUACAUUUUCUUGCUUUUAGCAUACAUUUUCUUGCUUUUAAGCUGCAGCAAGUAGGGCUAUAAUGGCUUGUAACUGGCAGGACCACGAACCCCAGACCUCUUAGGUGAUGAUACUCAAAAGACUUUUGUCAUCUUAGUCUAAUCAGUGCCUCUCACUAUAAGAUCAGUGCCCAGUAGCCCUCUUGUUAAAUCAUCUUUUGUGUCUGUUCCACGUGUUAAGAAUGCCAGCUUUCCUAGGUCCUUUUUAAAGUAUGCUUUGCCUAUGCUGGACAAAAGACCAUGUAGAAAAACUUUCUGUUUGCUUCUUGUUCUCUUUCCUUUUCUGAUUUUUUUUUUUCAAAACAACCUGGUCAAUUUUCAGUUGUCAUCAAGUGAGAUGUCCUGCACCUUUCUCUGAAUAUGCCAGUGAAAAAUCCCUCUUGUUCAAUUUUGUUCCAUCACCUAAUUGAGAGGGUGAUAGAUUUCUGUCAGUCUGAUUAAAGUCCUUGCUCUUGAAGUGUGACUUUGGGAGAGGGGUGUUUUCACAUUAACAUUUCUUUUUCUCAACAUGCAAGAGGGAUUGAGGUGAGCCUCUUUAUAAAAUGGGGGGGUACUAUUUGGAAUCCGUGGCCUGCAAACUAAAUAAAGGGAAUCUCAGGCGCUUUGCCACAUGUGCCUUAAAUUUCAAAUGAGCUUCUCCUUAACCUAGGGGAGUCCAACCUUGGCAACAUUAAGACCAUGCUGGCUGGGGUUUCUGGGAGUUGAAGUCCACAAGUCUUAAACAUUGCCAACGUUGGACACCUAGCCUAUUCUUCCACUUGCAGUUGCUUUCUUCCAUGUGUCUUCAUUGUCUAAAGCUGAGCUAAUGUACAGAGUUCCUUUGAAACGAAGGAAGCUGUAUGGAGAAUAUCUGUCUCUUCCACUAAAGUUGAAAAAAAAAUAGUAGCUAGCAUGAGCAUGCUAAGAUACCCUUAUUAUGAAUCCAUAGGAAACUGCUUUGUCUUAUGAAUAGUCUUUGCUAUUGUAUGAGUUUUUAUGGAGGCGAUAAGGCUUACAUUUGGGUUGUAGUAUACUUCAAGUUGCCAGCAUUAGAGAGGUCACACAAUUGGCCAGGACAAUUAAAUAUAAAAAUAUCCUGCAAGUGUAUCUGAUUGGUUAGAAUUCUUGAGAUAUUAACUUUUGGGGAAAUACAUUUUUAAUAUAGGAGCAUUCAAUCAUGUGAACCCUCCUUUUUCAAUUGACAAGGAUAAAGUUUACGUGCUGUUUCCCAUUCCGUGUUAGAAUUUGGCCUUUGCAGUUGAAUUGAACAGUGCUUAUGUACAACACAAUAUAGGCUGUAGGGAAAGCGCAGCAGAAGAAGCAUCAAGUGUACUUCCCUUUGUGUGACUUGCUGUGUACGAAUAAAAGUUUGUGAGAGUUAUGGCAUCAUUACCCCCAAAUUCAUGGGGAGAAGCCCAUUAAAUGCGACAUUGGUUUCCACAGAGUGCAUUGUUCCGAAUUGGUGCUGCUUGUUGAAAUCCCUAGAACUGCAAUAACAUCAGGAGUAUAGGUUUUUUUUUUACUAUUCUGAUUUAAAGACUAUCCAAACCUUAUAAAGUAACUUGGCAUUCUUCCAUGUCUGAUAAAUGCAAGUCAUAAAGCAUUAGGUUCUUUAGCAGGUGGCUUUGUAAUGUACUCCUCUAUUCUUCAAAAGAAGUCCAUUUCUCACUAAAACAAAACAAAAGAGGAAUGUUUUUUUUUUUUAAGGAGGAACCCAAGCUGAAGCUAUAUCAAAUGUAAUUCUAAAAAUAUUGGGACCUUAAUGACCCCAAGCCAAAGUUUUGACAGUGAAAUGUGCAGUACAAAAUUAGUUUUCUUCAUUCUGAUAUUGUCCAGUGUUAGGAAACAGAGAUCCAACACAUCUGGAGGUCACGCAAGGCUUAUACCAUAGAAUUUGACUGGGCUGGAGGGGGUAUAUUAGAAAAUGUAUUUCCCUUCAUAUGUUCUUCUCUUCUAUCACACACUGCCAUCCUCCGUUACCACUUGAGCUUUCAGCAGCAAUUGCAAAAGAUUGAUGUGGCUGCUGUAGGACAAUUAAUUGGCAGCAGGUUGUUACUAGCCAAAUUUAUCUAGAUUCUGUUCAUAUCAAAAAAUACUGUAGUCAAAAUUAUUUAGAUAUUUAAGUCUGCACUUCUGGGUUCAGCCAUGUUCUUGUUUAUUUGUUUCAGCUUGUUUUCAGGUAGAAGUCAACGAUAUUUCCUUGUCAAUUGAAAAUACAGAAAGUUUGAAACAAAUAGUUCAGAAAUGGUCUGAAUAAAUAGCUUAGGCACUAAAAUGAGUUUGUAACCAUUUGUCUUAAUUUCUGAAUUGUACAGUGGAAUUUCAUUGCCUGAGUUAUGUCCAAUCCUGUAAUAGAAGAAAGAUGCUGUUUUUUUUAACUUCCUACCUACUUCACAAUUUCACAAUUGCAGAAACAAUUAUGUGUGCACUGGAAUAUAAAAAUAAAGUUACUAAGCAUUCACAUAAGAUUUAUGGAAGUAAUGACAUUUGACUUUUUUUUCUUUAUGUAUAAAAGAUUAGGAUUUCUUUCUCUUUUGCUCAACUCUCUUUUUUAAACUAACGAAUACUAAAUUCCAGCAAAGCCAAAGUAUAUUAUGUGACUUUUUAUAUAACACUGAUGUAAAAAUAUGGUUUAGAAUAAAGCUUUAGGAUUUUUUUAAAUAUAUGGAUUAACUAAAUGAAACUUUAAAAUUCUUUUCAUUUUUUUU